GCGGACGGUGGACGCUGGACGCGAUGUAUCUCCGCAGGGCGGUCUCCAGGACCCUGGCGCUGCCCCUGAGGGCGCCCCCCAGCGCCGCGCCGCUGGGGAAGGACGCGUCUCUUCGCCGGAUGUCCUCGAGCAAGUUCCCUGGACCGUCUGGAUCAAAUAUGAUCUACUACCUGGUCGUGGGUGUCACAGUCAGUGCUGGUGGAUAUUAUACUUACAAGGCAGUCGCGUCAGAGCCAGCCAAGCACACGGAACAUGUAACAACUUUGAAAGAGAAAACGAAAGCCGAGUUACACCCACUGCAAGGUGUAAAAGGGAACGUGGAAGAAGCUGAGCAAGCAGGUUUUGAGGUCCCUGAAGUAUCCGCAGUGGCCGCUGAGGUGGAAGGUGCUGAAGGGCUUCCAGGUGCCACCGCCGAGUCCACCCCGGAAGAUCGCCCCUGUCCGGGUGGUGUGGAGGCCCCAGCAGCGGGGGUUGAACCGGCGUCAGAGGGGACAGAUACCGCGACAGGCGAAACCACGGAAGUCGACUCUGAAGAGAGCCCCGAGGUUCCGAGUGCCGCUCCAGGUGACGCCGUGGCCAUCAGGGAUGAAGGUGCAGCAGCGAAUGACAGCUGUGGUGAACACGCGUCUCCAGCUGAGUCCGAGCCCUCCGCGGGGGAAGAGUUACUGGAAGAAGCCAGCGCUGAUGCUGAGGCCGCCUCUGCUCAAGGCUGACCUCCUGUGGGUAGACAUUUCAGCAAAACAUGCCGUAGAGGGUCUGAUAGGUGCUUUUGUCUUUUUAGUAAACUUAGUUUUAUUUUUUUAAUUAUUUUUAGUUUUUAGAUUUUUGCUAUAGGGCGCGUGUGCCCCUGGACAGAGACAGAGAGGGAAAGUGAGAACUCUGGCCCAGGGGGCGGAUAGGUAUGCCCACGUGCUCAGCGUCCAGAGUUUCUCCAACAGCAGGGUCCAAGACUCGAACUAAGUGGCAUUGGCUAUGUGGCAUCCAGCACCUUAACCACUAUGCCAUCUGCUUGGCGCCGGUACUCUUAGUCUUUUAGAAAAGACUUACUUUCUAGAAAACGUUAAUGUGUUUUGAUGGUUCUGGGUGUCUAUGGAUACAUUUUAGCAUAGAAGGAGCUGAGAUUUUACACAUCAAAAUUAGUUUUCUGCUCCUAAAGAUCACAAACAUGAUGGUAAAGAGCUUGAAUAGUUUCAUUUUGGGGUUUAAAUUUUUUGUAUUAUAGUUGUCAGCACAACUUGCAUUCACUUUAAUUUUACUAAGA